AUGGAAACAAGAGAAAUACCACCUGCACAUUUUUUAAUCAAGAUUGAAUCCUUCUCCUUGCUCGACAGCUACGAGACCAAAAAAUUUGCUGCUGGAGGAUACGAUUGGAGACUAAUAAUCAAUCCUAAUGGCGACGACAACGACAAAGAUUGUGAGUAUGUAUCUGUAAACUUGGCUAUGGCGGACACAAGUUCUUUGCCUGCAAAUUGGGAGGUCAAUGCUCUCUUCAGCAUCUCUCUCUUUAAUCAGAUCUCGGGAAAUUAUCUUUCGUCACUAGGAGUAAGAAGAAGUUUCCUAGGAAUGAAGUCCCAAUGGGGCUUGUCCAACUUUAUCUCUAAGAAGAUUCUCUUGGACCAAUCAAACGGGUACCUCAUUAACGAUACAUGUGUGUUUGGUGCUGAGGUUUUUGUCAUCAAAAGAGAAGCGGUCACCGAAUAUCUGUCAUUGAAGAAAGACGUUAUUCCAUACAAGCGUGAUUGGACGAUUUCAAAUUUCUCUCAACUGGGGGAUGUUUGGCAAUCUGAAGAAUUCUUUGUUGACGACCACAAAUGGAAGAUUAGUCUUGACCCGAGAGGAAACGGAGAAGGAACUGGCAGCCAUGUCUCCAUCUUUUUGUACUAUCUCGGUUCUGAAAGAGUGGAAGCGUGUUAUACCAUAUGUAUCAAAAACCAGGUUAAUGAUGAACCAAAGAAACGAACUGCGAUUACACGAGACAAGCAAUUUGUUGAAGAAGGAACAACUAUGUCUGUGACUGAAGCAGCGGAUGAAUUGCCAACGGAAACAAGAGAGGCUUCACCUGCAAAUUUUUUGAUCAAAAUUGAAUCAUUCUACAAGUGUGGGAUUCACAAAUACGAGACUAAAGAAUUUGCUGCUGGUGAAUACAAGUGGAAGAUUCGUCUCAACCCUAAAGCAAAUGGGCGAAAACAUGUUGCCAUCUUUCUUCACAAUGUUGGUUCUGAAAUUGUCAAGGCAUCUUUCACCAUAUGCAUAAAAGAUCAACUCAACGAUUCCGAACACGAGAAACAAACUAGAAUAACAAGACGUUUCCAAACAAUGAAGUCGGAAUGGGGCUUUUCUAAACUUAUCUCUAUGAAAGUUAUGUUUGAACCGUCGAACGGAUACCUAGUUGAUGACAAGUGUGUAUUUGGUGCUGAGGUUUUUGUGGUCAACACUAAUGCAUUGACCGGAUGUUUGUCUCUGAAGAAAACCGUAACUCCUUACAAACGUGAUUGGAAGAUUCGAAACUUCUCCAAAUUGGGAGAUGUUUGGAAGUCUGAAACAUUCAAAGCAGGAGGCAAAAAAUGGAAUGUUUCGCUUCAUCCGAGAGGAUGUGGAGGAGCAAAGGGCAACGGUGUAUCUAUCUUUUUGCACUAUGUUGGUUCCGAGAGUGUGAAAGCAUGUACUCAAUGGUUUCCAGAUUCGACGUCCAAUAAAUGGGGAUGGGAUUCUUUCAUAAAGCUUGCGACUAUUAACGAUCCUAUAAAAGGAUUUAUUAAUGAGAAAAAUUGUUGUCUUCUCGAUAUAGAAAUCUCCGUCGAAGCUGUUGCACGAUAA